AGAUAGAAACAGUACAGCUUAAAAAGAUAUUGAAAUAUGUAAAAGAACUGUUCAACACUCUAAGUGUGUUUAUCUUUGCUUAGUUUAUCGAUCGACAAAAAAAAUACUUUGGACAUUCGUUCGCGCCAAAAUAUAAUCUGUCAAUUUAAAACAGAAGUGAAGCAUUUUGUUGUUUCAAAUUUACUUUAGUGUAUUUUAAUAAAAUUUUAAACAUAUAAAAUGGAGGAAGGCGAUUUCGAUCAACGUCUAAGGGAUCUGCAACGAGAAUAUUUAGAGUUUUUAGAUGAUGAGGAGGAUCAAGGUAUAUAUAUGGAAAAAGUAAAACAAAUGAUAGGAGAUAAAUCUCAGCGCCUAGUUGUUAAUGUCAAUGAUCUUAGAAGAAAGAAUCCAGAUCGAGCCAAGAAUCUUCUUGAAACUGCCUUUGAGGAACAGAUAGCUUUCCAGAAGGCUUUGAAGGAAUACGUGUCGUCCAUUGACCCUACUUACGCCAAGGAAAAAGAAGAAUUCUUUGUUGCAUUUUGUGGAAGUUUUGGCAAUAAACAUGUUACACCUAGAAGUUUGACAUCUCGAUACUUGGGUAAUCUAAUAUGUGUUGAAGGUAUAGUGACAAGAGUGUCUCUAGUGAGGCCAAAGGUGGUCCGCAGUGUCCACUAUUGCCCAGCCACCAAGAAGGUUAUGGAGCGUAAAUAUACCGACCUUACUUCCUUUGAAGCCUUCCCCACCUCUGCAAUCUACCCUACUAAGGAUGAUGAAGGCAAUGCUCUAGAGACAGAAUAUGGCCUUUCCCGUUACAAAGACCACCAGACUAUAACGGUACAAGAGAUGCCGGAGCGUGCCCCUGCUGGGCAGUUACCCCGCAGUGUAGACGUCAUCUGUGAUGAUGAUCUGGUGGACCGAUGCAAGCCCGGAGACAGGGUGCAGGUUGUAGGCAACUACAGGUGCCUGCCGUCAAAGCAGGGAAGCUUUACUGCUGGAACUUUCAGAACAAUAUUGAUAGCCAACAACAUUACUCAAAUCAACAAGGAAAUGAACCUGAAUGUGACUCUAGAAGACAUAAAACUUUGUAAAAGACUUGCCAAAAGAACUACAGUGGACAUGUUCGAGUUGCUAAGCAAGUCACUAGCUCCGUCUAUACAUGGGCACGAUUAUAUCAAGAAGGCUAUACUGUGCUUGUUACUCGGUGGUAUGGAGAAGAUUCUCCCUAAUGGGACCAGGCUGAGAGGAGACAUAAACAUCCUUCUUAUCGGCGACCCGUCGGUGGCGAAGUCCCAGCUGCUCCGCUACGUGCUGCAGACGGCCCCGCGCGCCGUCACCACCACCGGCCGGGGCUCCUCCGGCGUCGGCCUCACCGCCGCCGUCACCACCGACCCCGACAGCGGCGACCGCCGAUUAGAAGCCGGCGCGAUGGUCCUGGCGGACCGCGGCGUGGUGUGCAUCGACGAGUUCGACAAGAUGUCGGACAUCGACCGCACCGCCAUCCACGAGGUCAUGGAGCAGGGCCGCGUCACCAUCGCCAAGGCCGGCGUGCACGCCGCGCUCAACGCGCGCUGCUCCGUGCUCGCCGCCGCCAACCCUGUGAUGGGGAGGUACGACCAAUACAGAACUCCUAUGGAGAACAUCGGUCUGCAAGACUCGCUGUUGUCCCGUUUCGACCUGCUGUUCGUGAUGCUGGACAUCGCGGACGCCGACCACGACAACAUGAUCUCUGAGCACGUGCUGCGCAUGCACAGAUACAGGAACCCCAAGGAACAAGAUGGCGAGGUACUGCCCAUGGGUUCUUCUGUAGAAAUGUUGUCCACAGAGAAUCCGGAUAACGAGGAAGUCGAAGAGACAAACGAGUCAAUAUAUGAAAAAUACGAUCCUCUGUUACACGGUAACACACGGAGCAAGAAAGAUCAGAUACUAAGCACUAAGUUCAUGAGGAAAUACAUUCAUAUCGCUCGGCUGAUGAAACCGAAGUUGACUCAAGACGCUUCAGAUGCCAUCGCUGAUGAGUAUGCCAAGUUGAGGAACCAAGAUAUGAUGGACAGUGAUGUUGCUCGGACCCAGCCGGUGACGGCGCGCACAUUGGAGACUCUGAUCCGCCUGGCGACGGCGCACGCCAAGUGCCGCCUCAGCUUCCAGGUGACGCAGGACGAUGCGCACGCGGCGAUACAACUCGUGCAGUACGCAUAUUUCAAGAAGGUGCUGACAAAGGAAAAGCGUCGCAAGCGCAGGGCGUCGUCCGACGAAGAAGCCGCGGAGCCAGAAACUGAGACUCCCGCGCAGCCGCGGGCCAAGAGAUCCCGCCGGACGGACGCGACUCCCGGCUCCGAUCCGUACCAGUUCUCGUCUGAUGAGGAAGCGGAGCCCGUGCUGCGAGCGGCGAGACAGUCGCUGCCUGAAGAAUCUUCUAUGAGGACCACACAGACGCAGAAGACUAUAGAACCCAACAGGCUGAGCCAGUUCAAGUCGGCCCUACAACAGUUGUUCCGCGACGAGCGAGCCAACUCCCUGCCGCUGGGCCGCAUCGCCGCCCACGUCAACGAGAAAUAUUCCCACGAGACAUUCCAAGAUGGCGAGAUACAGGCGGCGUUGCAUCGCAUGACUGCCGACAAUCAGGUCAUGAUGGCUGAUGACAUCGUAUUUUUGAUUUAAUGUGCCUUAUGAUAAAAUUGAUUCCGCUUUACUAUUAAGUACAAUGUUUCUUCAAUAAAUCACAGUUGUUAAUUCCUAAGAUUUACAGUUAAAUUGUUGUAUUUCAUCUUACAAUCAUGGU